CGUAAUUCUUACAUCCCUACGCUAUAUUGAUUCAGCUCCUAGGGGAAAGCCCGCUGAUUUCCGUGUUCGUCCACACCUCCUCUUUUUGUAUGAGACGAGACGAACGAUGAUGGCCUGUCGUUUGGGUCUUUAGCGCUAUGCAGCUCACUACUUCUAUCAGCUGCUGUCUCCUCCUUCAGUUUGCUGGAACUGGAAAACGUUCUCCAUUUCAAAAUAUUCCAUUUCCAUCAUGGAGCAAUCCACCGCUUUCCAAGCGUUGACACAAGCUCCUAAGUUUUACGUCGUCUUGUCCACUAUUGCACUCCUCGCCUUAUGGAAGAUCCAAUCAUGGGCAGUUAUGCAUCGCCGCAAGUCGAAGUUCAUGAGAGAGCAUGGAUGCCAAGAUCCAGCGAAAUAUCCGAACAAAGAUCCAAUCUUCGGCCUGGACUUAUUGUGGGACAACUAUCAGAGUAUGAGGAACCAUAGGAUACUGCCCAAAAUGGCCGGUCGAUUCCAGAAAGUUGGUGCGAACACCUACUCAUUCCUUCUCGCAGGGCGGCACAGGUUAAGCACGGUCGAGCCAGAGAACGUGAAGGCGUUGCUCUCUACGAAAUUCACAAGCUUCAUGCUCCCACCAAGACGGACCCAUGUGUUGAAACAGUUUAUCGGUGAAUCCAUCUUUGCUUCCAACGGUCCUCAAUGGCAGCACUCACGGGCUAUCAUCCGACCGCAUCUGGCCAAGGACAGCUUCAUCGAUUCGGAGAUGUCAAGAUUUGAGAAGCACUUUGGCCGUCUGUUAUCGUCUAUCCCAAGAGACCGCUCGACAAUUGAUCUUCAACCGCUAUUCUUCUCGUUUACGAUGGAUGCUGCAAUCGACAUGUUGACAGGCAAGGACCUGCAGUCGGAAGAACAGCGGGCUCUUGCGAAAGAUGACAACAUCGUCGAAUUAUUCGACGAUGCCCAAAGACUCCUCGCGUUUCGUGCUAUCAUGCCUUUUGGCGAGAUGUCAGCCAAAGAGAAGGGGAACAUCAAGCGGUGCCACAAUUGGGUUGAUCGAUGCGUUGUCCAAGCUAUGCAGGAGCACAAAUUAGGCAAAGUCGUUGAAGCCGGGGAGAAACGUUGCUUCUUGCAAAAGCUCGUCACGGAGAUGGAUGAUGUUGUCCAGAUACGGUCUGAAUUGAUCGCCCUUCUCAUUGCCGGCCGCGACACUACGGCAUCCACUCUGAGCUCUUUGUGGUUCGUGUUAGCAAAGAGACCAGACGUCGUCGCGAAGCUGCAAGCUGAAGUGGCAGAACUCAAUGGCGAACGGCCUGGAUUUACUCGGUUGAAGCAGAUGACUUAUGUUCAGCAUACAGUCCGAGAAGUGCUCCGGCUCUAUCCACCAGUUCCAGCUGCUGGUUUCGAGGCGACCGAAGAUACGUUCCUUCCUGUCGGCGGAGGAGCGGACGGGAAAAGCCCCAUCUUCGUCCCAAAAGGGCAAGCUAUUGCCUACAGCGUCUAUGCCUUACAUAGACGUAAAGACAUCUAUGGCCCGGAUGCGGAAAUGUUCAGACCAGAAAGAUGGGAGGAUAAGUCACUUCGUCCAGGAUGGGGCUAUCUUCCCUUCAACGGCGGCCCCCGAGCCUGCCUCGGUCAGCAAUUCGCCCUGACGGAGAUCGCGUAUACCACCGUGAGGUUACUACAGGAGUUCCAGGCCGUGGAAUCGCGUGAUGACUCUCCGUGGCAGGAAAAUUGGAUGACGAGCUGUUCUGUCUUGACAGGUUGCCAAGUUUCCUUAAUUCCGUAUGACGAUGUUGUUUGAACCUAUCUCUGUUUGGGAAGAAUUAUGGGAAGGCGUGUGAUCGAAAGGUGUUGGUAAAUGAACUAUAUGUGUCCCGAAUUGAAAGAUUAUGGAAGCAAAUCCAAGUCCCAGCCAGGAAUUUGGUUUUGCUUUUCCCUUACUCUUGGGACACGCCAGCAUUAUCCAUCCGACUUUCAUCUCAAC